AUGCCUGCUGAAGCUUCAAAAAUAUUUCGAGAACCAGAAAAUUGCGACUUCUGCAAAAACAUCACUCAUGUCACAAAAGUUUCCAGAAUAUCUCCAGAUUACUUUUACGAAAUGUAUAACAGACCUGCUAGGCCAGUUGUUGUAAUUGAUGCCGUUGAAGAUUGGCCUGCAUCAAAAACUUUCAAUUUCCAGUUUUUUAAAAGUCUAUAUGAAAAUAUUCGGCCUGAUGAAGGCAUUAAAAGAAACUGCCAGUUCUUUCCUUAUAAGACGGAGUUUAAAAGUUUAUCGGAAGUGUUUAAAAUGUCCAACAGUAGAGCCAAUAUGGUACCAGGAGAGAAACCUUGGUAUGUGGGGUGGAAUAACUGCAACGAUAACGCUGGGAAAAUUUUGAGAGAGUACUAUUCCAAGCCGUAUUUUCUUGGGAACCAUUCUGAGAAUAUAGCAAUGAGCUGGAUUUUUAUGGGAGGAUCGGGAUACGGAGCGCAGAUGCAUAUCGAUAACGUUCACUAUCCAUCGUGGCAAGCUCAAUUGAGUGGAAGAAAGUUAUGGAAGUUGGCACCUCCACCAGAAUGUUGGCAUACCUGUAGACGAAUGGAAGUUGAAGUAAAAACUGGAGAAAUAAUUGCAGUUGACACUAAUCGUUGGUACCAUCAGACAAUUGUUCAGCCAGGAGAAAUCAGCUUAACUAUUGGAUCAGAAUUUGAUUAAUGUAUGCGUUAAUUGAGAUAGACGACAGGUGAUCAUUUGUUUAUUUUUGUUGUAAAUAAAUGUGUCUGUAGAUGA